GACCCAAAGAACUUUUCAGCAGCCACAGUGACAGUCUUUGUGGUUUGGAGACAAAGCUUUGUGUCUGAUUUUACCAUUGAAUAGAUAAAAACAGAACCUCUCUCAGUUUGUUUUUCGAAUCGUUAAGUAUUUCUUAACCACUGUAAUGGAAGAUAAUUUAGAAAACCUCUUUAGGAAUGUUACUUUCAAUUCCUCCAGAGACUCGACUGAAAUGGAAUUCAAAUCUGUCUUCUCUUGGAGGGAGCAUAAUAUUGUUGCAGCUUAUUUGAUAACGGCAGGAGUGUUAAGUCUACUCAGCAACAUAAUAGUGUUAAUUAUGUUUGUCAAGUUCAAGGAGUUCCGUACAGCCACCAAUGCAAUUAUUGUGAACUUGGCUUUCACUGACAUUGGCGUGAGUGCCAUCGGUUACCCAAUGUCAGCUGCUUCAGACCUGCAUGGCAGCUGGAAGUUUGGCCAUGCGGGCUGUCAGGCUUAUGCAGCUUUAAAUAUCUUUUUUGGAAUGGCGAGUAUUGGGUUACUUACUGUAGUCGCUAUUGACCGAUACCUGAUGAUUAGUAAACCUGAUUUAGGAAGAAAGAUGUCCAAUGUUACCUAUGCAACUCUGAUCACAGUUGCCUGGGCCAAUGGCCUAUUCUGGGCUCUGAUGCCAGUAAUGGGUUGGGCAAGUUAUGCUCCAGAUCCAACAGGAGCUACAUGUACCAUCAAUUGGAGGAACAAUGACUCGUUGUUUGUUUCCUACACAAUGACAGUAAUUGCAGUUAAUUUUGUGGUACCAUUGUCAAUCAUGAUCUUCUGCUAUUACAAUGUAUCCAAAACUGUGAAAAGAUUUAUGCGCCAUGAUGUUCUAGAAAAUAUAACCUUGGAUUGGUCAGAUCAACUUGAUGUGACAAAGAUGUCUGUUGCAAUGAUUGUGAUGUUCCUGGUGGCUUGGUCACCUUACUCCAUUGUGUGCUUAUGGUCUUCUUUCAGUGACCCAAAAUUCAUUCCACCUGCAAUGGCAAUUGUAGCUCCACUUUUUGCCAAGUCUUCUACUUUCUAUAAUCCUUGUAUUUAUGUCAUUGCAAAUAAGAAGUUUCGGAGGGCUUUAAUUGCAAUGAUACGCUGCCAGAGUCAACAGGAUUUAACUAUCAGCCACAUUCUGCCAAUGACCAUCUCUCAGGCACCUUUAACAGAAUUAAACUCUUUCAUUUAAAUCCGCUGUACUGUAAACCAACCCCACCACACCCGGCACCUUCCCCUGCAACCGCAGGAAGUGCUACACUUGCCCCCACACCUCCUCCCUCACCUCUAUCCCAGGUCCCAAGAUGACCUUCCAUAUCAAGCAGAUGUUCACCUACACAUCUGCCAAUGUGGUAUAUUGUAUCCAUUGCACCCGAUGUGGCUUCCUCUACAUUGGGGAAACCAAGCAGAGGCUUGGGGACCGCUUUGCAGAACACCUCCGCUCGGUUCGCAACAAACAACUGCACCUCCCAGUCGUGAACCAUUUCAACUCCCCCUCCCAUUCCUCAGACGACAUGUCCAUCAUGGGCCUCCUGCAGUGCCACAAUGAUGCCACCCGAAGGUUGCAGGAACAGCAACUCAUAUUCUGCUUGGGAACCCUGCAGCCCAAUGGUAUCAAUGUGGACUUCACAAGCUUCAAAAUCUCCACUUCCCCCACUGCAUCCCAAAACCAGCCCAGUUCUUCCCCUCCCCCCACUGCAUCACACAACCAGCCCAGCUCUUCCCCUCCACCCACUGCAUCCCAAAACCAGCUCAGCCUGUCUCUGCCUCCCUAACCUGUUCUUCCUCUCGCCCAUCCCUUCCUCCCACCCCAAGCCGCACCUCCAUUUCCUACCUACUAACUUCAUCCCGCCUCCUUGACCUGUCCAUCUUCCCUGGACUGACCUAUCCCCUGCCUACCUCCUCACCUAUACUCUCUUCUCUAUCUAUCUUGUUUUCUCUCCAUCUUCGGUCCGCCUCCCCCUCUCUCCCUAUUUAUUCCAGUUCCCUCUCCCCAUUCCCCUCUCUGAUGAAGGGCUAGGCCCGAAAUGUCAGUUUUUGUGCUCCUGAGAUGCUGCUUGGCCUGCUGUGUUCACCCAGCUCCACACUUUUUUAUCUUGGAUUCUCCAGCAUCUGCAGUUCCCAUUAUCACUGGACAAUAUAUGUUUGUUGCUGUUUUUAGAAUUAGAAUUCCUACAGGGUGAAAACAGGCCCUUCGGCCCAACAAGUCCACACCGAACCUUACAGCAUCCCACCCAGGCCCAUCUCCCUGUAACUCACCUAAUCUAAACUUCCCUGAACCUAUGGGGAAUUUUGCAUGGCCAAUCCAUGUACCCUGCACAUCUUUGGGCUAUGGGAGGAAACCGGAGCACCCAGAGGAAACCCACGCACACAUGGGGAGAAUGUGCAAACUCAACACUGACUGUUACCCGAGGUGAGAAUCGAACCUGGGUCCCUAGUGCUGUGAGGCAGCAGUGCUAACCACUGACCCACCGUGCCGCCCUAUUUGACGACUGUACCAUUCCUGUUUAAUCCUAUUGUCCUAGCCCAUUGUGUAGCAGCCAUCUUGCAUUAUGACACUGAAUUGAGUGUGGAGCCUGCUGCUCCUGAUAAAACUUAUCUUUUUUUACAAAUACAUUUAUAGUCCCAGCUGUGGGAUUCAACUCUGGAACCAACCACUUUGAUAGGAUAGGGGGUUGACUCUUCGGUUUUCUCCCCAUCAGUAGUUCUGAUGGUGAUAAGCCACACUAUAGUGGGGUGGACCAGUAGUUUAACAAGGCUGUAUUAAAGACAGUACUUUUCUUCAAAAGAGAUUUGACCAUCAGGAGUCCAUGAAGAGCUUGUCCAUUUGAGUGUUGGUAUGUUGGUGAAUGGGUUAUAUGUUUAAAUCCAGAAGUGGCUGCAAUCCGACCGAUAAUUGGGCCCGAAACAUCAGCUUUCGUGCUCCUAAGAUGCUGCUUGGCCUGCUGUGUUCAUCCAGCUCUACACUUCAUUAUCUCGGAAAUGAGUCCAUUUUCUGAAACCACCAUAGCUGACUCAUGCAAGAUUCUGACAACUGCUUCUAUGAUGGUGGUUCAUAACUUUAUUAUCCCCACCCACUGGGAAAAAUAAUCAACAGUAUUGAGGCAACACCACCCGUCAAACAUAAGUUUUCAGUUCCCAGUCAUUCCUAUGUCUUGUUGGGAAAAGUAAUGGGGGUCAGUGGCUGUUGCUGCUCAGUCCUGUGCCUAGGCAGGUUUUCACAGUCAGCUAUGAGUUCCUCACUUGUCUUUGAGAUCGCUGGCUACCACUCACAUCUAAACCUUCACUGUACAGUUGGUAAUGCCCAAGUGUCCCUGGUAUAGUUUAUUCAGGAUGUUUUGAAACUUGAAUAGCAAAUGUUUCAUCAAAUACCGGCAAGCUGUCUAUAUUUGCGAACUGCUAUUGAUCCUGAAAAUAGGCCUUCAUGGCCACUGAAGUGAGCCUUUGAUCUGGCCACUCUUCAAAACAAAACCGACAAAUGACAACAGAUUCUUGGCCUUUCUGAGUGAUUUGAUUGAGCCAUUGAAGGUUACUGGCUAUUUGAUUGCUGUGGCCCAAGUAUCUGAUUCAAUUUUAUCAACAAAUGCCUCAUCAUCACUCGUUCAUGAGCAGUAGACAGUCAUUCUGGAGAACACAUCCACAGUUGUUUUUAGCUUCCCUUGCACCCAUUGGGAUUGGUAGGUCAACCUCAUAAAGCAGAGUCAGAACGCUUGCAUCACCAGAGGCAUCCUUGCCAACUCUCUCUCAUCAAGUUGGGAGAUUGAUAAUUUGUUGCCUGAUUGUAUGAGAACUUCAGAGGCUAAGGACAAUGUUUGAAAACAUCUCGCAUGUUCAUUUGACAGAGGCAGUCUCCAUUUCUAUAAUAUUGUAACAAGUCUCCAAGUCCAACAAUGUUACGGAGGCAUAAUGCACCUCUAUCUUACACCUAUCAGGUUGCUGCUGAAACAACAUGCCUGUAGCUGAAGCAUCCAAAACUGGAUAGAAUGGAUCAUAAUGGGUUAGGAUGUCUAUGGAUGUCAGCACAUCAUUAGCUUUUUCAAAAGCACACUCCAGAUUCAGGUCCUAGGACCUUCCUUGUGUCCUCUUAAGAAAUUGCACAAAGGUUCAGGCACCAUUGCAAAUGGGGUAAAAAUUUUUAAAAACUGAUGUACAAUGACUAUAAACUCUACAGGUUCUGAACCGAUUUUUGGAGUGGAAAAUUUCUUAAUAGUAUUAAUUUUUAGUGGAUCUGGCCAAAUUCCAUCUUUAUUAACAAUAUAUCCCUUGAAGUGAAUAAACUGCAAAAUUCACACCCUUAGUUGAGAGUAAACUCUAUGGUUUUUAAGCAUUUUAAAUCUGUGUCAACCCUUGUUUGUAUUGCUCAACUGGUUUCUCCUUAUACCAAUAUGUCAUCCACCUGGCAUGUGACUCCUUCUAAAUCUUGUUUGGACAUGGUUCAUUGAAAGAUCUUUGGAGCUGAAGUGAUCCCAAAAGGCAGUUAACUGAAGCAAAACCUCCCAAAUGGAACAAUAAAUGUAGUAAACAGUCUUGACUCUUUGCCUAAUUAUAUUUGCCAGAGUUCACUGUUGAUGUUGAAUUUUGUAAAAAUUCUACUUUCACACAAUUUGGUUAAAUUUUCAUUCACUGUAAGUAAAGAAUGGAAUUCUCUAGCUGCUACCUUGUUGAGUUAUGUUACGGCAUCAUAUAUUCUAUAGACUCCUUGGGUUUGGGUAUGGUAGGCCUGCCCUCGAUCUACUCCAUUGAUUUGUUCACCAGGAAAAUUAUACCUAUUCUGGUAUUUCCUCAUGUUGCUUCUGGGCCUGACUCAUUGACAGAUGUGGAAUCUUCCUUAUUGUGUAUAAACACAUUGGUUUAACUUCCUUCUUUGCUAUAUUUGGUAUUCUACUGUGAAUAAUUUUGGGAGUUUGAGUCAAAGGAACUCUUACUCCUGUAUUGUUUGAUUUCUUUGACUUUUUAAAUUGGCUUUAGGUCCAAUCAAACUUUCCUGCUCAAGAGCAAGGCUUCUAAUUAUGAAUUACAUACACUUUUUCUACUACCUGAUACUCUUUACGAUGUGGUAUUACUUCGAACAUGCAUUUAACAUUGAGAGUGUUUCCUCUUGUACUCUGUAGCUUCAAGUCCAUAGGCUUUAACUUCCAUUCCUUCAGCUAUGGUAUUUGAUAUGAUGGGACACUUAUCACAUUUUCAAGUUUAAAUUAACAAAUGUUCAUUACAUAAAUAAGCUCCGUGAAAAUCAAAUGAGUUAGAUCCUUUGUUUCCUUGCAGGUAUGGUGUACAAAUGUAGUAUUCUUUUGUCAUGGGUGAGCAUUGUCUACGCCUGUGAGGCUUUGCUUUUCCAUAGUGUUGACACUGACUCUUGGUAUCUGGUAUUUGACCAAUUGAACACAUUAAUUUUUUAACAUUUUCAGCUUCAGGAUUAGUAUUUCAUAUUGAAGUGACUCUGAAUUAGAAAUGUUAAGGAUUUCUUUUCUCUAAGUUGUCUAAUCUUGUGUUCUGUUCUGCCCAACUCUCAUAUUGUCUUUUUAGAAGUAUUAUUUUUCCAUCCAUUUCUUCUUUAUUUGUUUAUUUACUUACUUAUAAUGCCUUAAAGCUGUCUUAACGCUAUAAUAAUUCAAUGCUGUUUGUAACCAGCUGGCUUCAGGCUUGUAUUCCGGCAUUAAAUUAAUGUUGUUUAAAUUCUGUUGUUUUUAAGUUGCUAGAAACUUUUAAACUGUGUUAUAACAAUACUGUAUGAUAU